UCCCUGGCGCUCUCUGCUCUCGCUCUCUCUCUCGCUCGCUCUCUCUCGCUCUCACCCUCGCUCUGCGUUCUGUCCGGGAGGAGUACGGAGAAGCCAAUAGGAUGCGGGGUCUCUAAUGGAUGCAAAUGAUCAUGAAAAGACAGUGCAAAAUAUGAAACAACUCAUUUGCAGGGAAGUAAAUCACCGAAAACUGUUUAUGAACUGGCAUCCCUUCUUCGAAAUGUAAAGCGAGGACCUCUUUAAGUGGCGGUAUAUUUUUGUGUGGGGGGUGGGGGGUGGGGGGAGGGCGAGCGAGCCGCGGCUGCCAUGCAAGCCUAGACUUUUGGAGGCUUUGCUGUCCUUUUCUAUUCCUGGAAAUCACAAAAAGUGUGGUGGCUUCGAGAUCUUCUUCGCCUUUUCUUUCUUUUCUUUCCCCCCACCUCCUCCCUUCCCGUCUCCUUUCCUGGCGAGGGUGACUAGGAGCCGGCGAAUCCGCGUUUUUUUCUCUCUCUCUCCCUCCCUUUCCCCCUCCCCACCCCCUCCCCAACAGCCCCCAACUACAGCCGCCGCCGCCGCCGCCGCCUCAAAAUUCAAUAAAAUGAGCUCUUAUUUCGUCAACUCACUGUUCUCCAAAUACAAAACCGGGGAGUCCCUGCGCCCCAAUUAUUAUGACUGCGGCUUCGCCCAGGACCUGGGCGGCCGACCCACCGUGGUGUACGGUCCCAGCAGCGGCGGUAGCUUCCAGCACCCGUCGCAAAUCCAGGAGUUCUACCACGGGCCGUCUUCGCUGUCCACGGCUCCCUACCAGCAGAACCCGUGCGCUGUGGCGUGCCACGGGGACCCGGGCAACUUCUACGGCUACGACCCGCUGCAGCGGCAGAGCCUGUUUGGUGCGCAGGAUCCAGACCUGGUGCAGUACGCCGACUGCAAGCUCGCCGCCGCCAGCGGCCUGGGAGAGGAGGCCGAGGGGUCCGAGCAGAGCCCGUCGCCCACACAGCUCUUCCCCUGGAUGCGCCCGCAAGCCGCCGGACGCAGGCGAGGCCGACAGACCUACAGCCGCUACCAGACCCUGGAACUGGAGAAGGAGUUCCUAUUUAAUCCCUAUCUGACUCGCAAGCGGCGGAUCGAGGUAUCGCAUGCACUGGGACUGACAGAGAGACAGGUCAAAAUUUGGUUCCAGAACCGGAGGAUGAAGUGGAAAAAAGAGAACAACAAAGACAAGUUCCCCAGCAGCAAAUGCGAGCAGGAGGAGCUGGAGAAACAGAAGCUGGAGCGGGCCCCGGAGGCGGCGGACGAGGGCGACGCGCAGAAAGGCGAUAAGAAGUAGGCUCCAGCUGGGACUGCCAGGGCCGCGGCCGCCCUGCGGCCGCCCGUCCCCCGACCGCGCCACCGUCGCCCGCCCCCGCCCGAGAGAGCUCUGGCCCCGCGAGCGGGGCCCGGAGCCUGGCCUCCCACCGCAGCGUCCCCGCCGCGCCAGUCCCCGCUAGUGGUAGUAUCUCGUAAUAGCUUCUGUGUGUGAGCUACCGUGGAUCUCCUUCCCUUCUCUUGGGGGCCAGGGGGAAAGAAAAGGAUUUUAAGCAUGGACUCCCUCGCCCUGCGAGGGUAAGCGGCUGCGGCCUGGCUGAGCACCCCCCCAUGCCCCCGCCCCGUGUAAAAAGCCUCCUUGUGCAAUGGUCUUUUUUUCCUUUGAACGUGCUUCUUUGUAAUGACCGAGGUACCGAUUUCUGCUAAGUUCUCCCAACAACAUGAAACUGCCUAUUCACGCCGUAAUUCUUUCUGUCUCCCUCCCUCUCUUUUCUCUCUUUCUCUCUCUCUCUCUCUCUCUCGCCUCGUCCUCAUUUCCCCUCUCACCCCCCCCUCCCCGCUGUCCUUCCUAGCUCGCUGGCUUUCUCUCUGGCUUCUCUCUUUUCCUCCAACCCCCACCCCCCCGCGCCCGCCGCUUUGGUUUGACAAUUUCGUCUUAAGUGUUUCUCAAAAGAGGUUACUUUAGUUAGCAUGCGCGCUGUGGGCAAUUGUUAAAAGUGUUCUUAGGUUUACUGUGAAGAGAAUGUAUCCUGUAUCCGUGAAUUGCUUUAUUGGGGGGAGGGAGGGCUAAUUAUAUAUUUUGUUGUUCCUCUAUACUUUGUUCUGUUGUCUGCGCCUGAAAAGGGCGGAAGAGUUACAAUAAAGUUUACAAGCGAGAACCCGAGACUGGCCCGACCCGCGCUCCUCAUUUGCUCCCAGCGCCUUGCAGAUUUGCGGGGGGAGCCGAUCUACCGGCUUUAGCGCCCGCCAGGCCCGGCCGCGCAGAGGAGGGGGCGGAG